AUGGGUCAAGACGUGAUUGAGGAGGCGGAAUUGAACGCACAUGCGACCAAUAACGGACACCUCACAAAUGGCACAUCGGGAGACGUCGCACACAAUGAGAGUGACCAGACCGAUGAGAACAUCUUUCUCUUCGUCCCGAACUUGAUCGGAUACUUCCGCAUUGUCCUCUGCCUUGCAUCGCUCUACUUCAUGCCACUGCACCCGCGACGCUGCAGCUUCCUCUAUUCCAUCUCAUGCCUACUCGACGCUUUGGAUGGUAUCGCAGCGCGGAAGUUCUCACAAAGCACGCGCUUUGGCGCUGUGUUGGACAUGGUCACAGACCGAUGCGCGACAACUUGCUUGCUGGUCUUCUUGGCCACGGCGAAGCCGGCCUACAGCAUGAUCUUCCAAGGUCUGAUCUCGCUGGACCUGGCUAGUCAUUACAUGCACAUGUACGCAACUCUGGUCAUGGGAGGACAGACACAGAGUCACAAGAACGUCGACGCCAAGAGGAGCAGGAUCAUGAAUCUUUACUACAGCAACAAGACUGUCCUCUUCGUCACUUGCGCUCUGAACGAGCUCUUCUUCAUCGCGCUCUACCUUCUCUGCUUCAGCUCGCCCAUCAUCACGCCUGCUUUGAAGUGGCCCGCGGACGCUGGCACCAGUCCCACAUCGCCGAGCGCACCAACACCGUCUUUGUUCUUUCCCAGCCCGUUCAGCGCCGCGGCCAUGGAGAUGGCCCGAGCCAACAAGAUGGACUCAUUCGUCCCGUGGGUACUUACCAUCGGAAGUUCACCCGUUAUGCUCUUCAAGCAGUGGGUGAAUGUGGUCCAGCUCGUCAAGGCGAGUAAGUGGCUUGCAGAGGGUGACCGAAAGGAUCGCAAGAGAAUGGGCCUGCCGAAGAAGAGCACGAUCGGUCUCGCCAAUGGGAAGAAGAAUCUUUGAGGUCGAUCUGCUCAGUGCUCGAUGCGACGAGGCAUCUAUUGGAUUUUGGUGAUCACAUUUGCACAUUCAAACUCUUGCUGGGUUGAUUAUUUCGACUAUCUGGCGCCUUUCCACCCCGCUGGAAUGAUGUUGCGAUGCGAGGGGUGCAAUUGUUCACACGGUGAUGCGGCACAGGAGUGACCUGCAUCGAUUACGCAUCUUAUGCGCGUGAUU